UCCAUUCGACUCGAUUCAGUCUAGUACAGCACUUAUAUUAUCAGGUAACGAAGGUCUGUUUGACCACCAGAGGACGUUAUUUACAUUCCAUUAUUUUCCUAUGCAGGGGCGUGUUUAGCAUUCGAGUAAAACAUUUUUCCCAUUCCGGUAAAAGGGGCAAUUGCUUACUGGCUGUAUUUACAUUUUUUGUAGUUUUCUACGAUUCAAUAAAACAGCAAGUUCCCUGUUUAGGAAGAAACGAUUGCUCCUGAGCCCAAAUCAAAAUGUUCUACACGUGUGGACCUAAUGAAGCAAUGGUGGUGUCUGGCUUUGGUCGCUCUCCUCCUCUAAUGAUUGCUGGAGGAAGAGUGUUUGUCAUUCCCUGCAUUCAACAGAUUCAGAGGAUUACUCUGAACACCCUGACUCUGAAUGUGAAGAGUGAUAAGGUGUACACGCGUCAUGGAGUCCCCAUAUCUGUCACUGGCAUCGCCCAGGUGAAGAUCCAGGGUCAAAACAAGGAGAUGCUGGCCACGGCCUGUCAGAUGUUCAUGGGGAAGUCUGAGGCUGAGGUCUCCAACAUCGCCCUGGAAACACUGGAGGGUCACCAGAGGGCCAUCAUCGCCCAUCUGACUGUGGAGGAGAUCUACCAGGACCGUAAGAAGUUCUCUGAGCAGGUGUUCAAGGUGGCCUCCUCUGACCUGGUCAACAUGGGCAUUGGAGUGGUCAGCUACACGCUCAAAGACGUUCACGAUGACCAGGACUACCUCACCUCCCUGGGUAAAGCCAGAACAGCUCAGGUGCAGAAGGAUGCUCGGAUCGGGGAGGCGCAGUACAAACGGGACGCGGUGAUCCGGGAAGCCCAGGCCAUGCAGGAGAAGGUUUCGGCCCAGUAUGUCAACGAGAUUGAAAUGGCCAAAGCCCAGAGAGACUACGAGCUGAAGAAAGCCUCCUACGACUACGAAGUCAACACCAAGAAGGCGGAGUCUGAGAUGGCCUAUCAGCUUCAGGUGGCUAAGACCAAGCAGCAGAUUGAGGAGGAGACCAUGCAGGUCAAGGUGGUGGAGAGGUCUCAGCAGAUCCUGCUGCAGGACCAGGAGAUCACCCGCAAGGAGAUGGAGCUGGAGGCCAAGGUCAAGAAGCCUGCGGAGGCUGAGAGAUACCGGCUGGAGAAACUUGCAGAAGCCCAGCGUUCACAGCUCAUCCUUGAGGCCGAGGCAGAGGCAGAGUCCAUCAGAAUGAGGGGCGACGCUGAGGCGUUUGCUCUGGAGGCCAAGGGUCGUGCCGAGGCGCAGCAGAUGGCCAAGAAGGCUGAGGCCUUCAAACAGUACGGGGAGGGAGCCAUGGUGGACAUGCUGCUGGAAAAACUACCACUGAUAGCAGAAGAGAUCAGCAAGCCCCUGUCCAUGGCCAACAAGGUUACCAUGAUUUCCAGUGGGGGUGGGGAGGUGGGCGCGGCCAAGCUGACAGGAGAGGUGAUGGACAUCAUGACCAGGCUACCAGCUGCUGUGGAGAAACUUACCGGAAUCAACAUCUCACAGGUUGGCCUGUCCACCCGUAUGGGCUGAGAAUAUAACCCUGAGAAACUGCACAUACUGCCUCCUAGUGCCUAUAAUCACUGUUCCUGGUGUCUGUCUGUCUGUCCUCUACUCCUUGUUUCCUGGCUCUUUUUUUUUUAAAUCUAAAAGCACAGGUUGGGUAAAACCAUGUUGGGUGGUUGCUUUCUCCUUUUCGUUCAUAUCUCUGAAAGAUGAGCUUGGAUGAAGGAAAAAAGGCCACCUAAUUGUUUUUAAUCUCUCUUCCAAGCCUGCAAGCAAGUUCAUCUGUCCAUUACAAAGUUGGUCCAUACAGACAAACAAAUCAAUUUCUGACUGUCAUAUAUUUUAUUAUAGUUGUUAUAAUUCAUAGAUUUGUAUUUAACAUGCAAUGGAUGUGGUUGAAAAACAGAUUUCAUUAUUAGUGCCUUUUUAUUGUUCAUAAGAAAUAAUCGAAAGCUGCCUGUUGAGGUUCUGUUAGCCAGCUCAAAUAGCGUUAUUUUUAGGUCAGGGGUUGGCAGCAGGUGUCCAGGAUUGAACUAUAUUUUUCAUGUAGUCAUAUCCCCCUUAACAUCCACUGACAAACAUCGUCUGUGGCUUGCCCACCCUUUCUAGGCAGUCUGCCUUGCUGUCAUUGUUGGCUUGCUAGUUGCUAUCAGUUACUUUGAGAUGUUUUAUUUAUCACCAAUGAAAGAAAUGCCCUUUACCUUUACUGUGAACUUAUUGUACAUUACAAGUUUUUUUUUUUUAUCAGAAUUGAGAAUUUCACUUAUGUUAAUACACACAUUCUGUCUUUCAGUUGGCAUGCUUUGCACAUGUCUUACAGUGGUCUAGUAGCUCAGUAAGUAUGAACCUGGUAGAAUAAGACUGCUCCCCUAGCAAUAGACCCUAGAUCAGUCUACAGAUAUUUCCAAGCUAAUAGAAGCUGUAAAAGCUGUAGAAUGCCCUGUGCCUUGCCUUUAAGUGAAAUUACUCAUAUCAAUUCAAAACAUAUUACAAAACAAACCAAGUGAUAUGUUGACUGCUGGCUUUUCUAUGUUUUAUUUAAAGUUAGAUGGGCUUUUUGACUAUGAAAUCACUGGAACGAUUCAGCAAACAAACUAUUUUCUCUGUUGGUAAACAACUAGGAUCGACACAGAGUAACUGAUGGAAACCAUUGUCUUGAAGGAGAGUAUUUUCUGUAUGUUACUGACAAGUGAUUGAAAGGGAAGUGGUUAAAGGAGGCUGGGUUUUUUCCAACCUCAGACGUGUCAGUCAAGGUCAGGUGUAUUGUCAGUUUGUGCAUGAUGCAUGUGAUGUAUGAGGGGAAGAUGACUGGAGCAAGUAGGUUAAUGGCUGUAUCUUACGCAAUUGUCUAAGGUGUUUCAGUGUAACAAAGAGAGUGCAAGUAGGGCAAAGAAAGGCACAAAGGAGCAGGGACUGUCGUUACAGAACUGUCGUUACAGAACUGUCGUUACAGAACUGUCGUUUCAGAACUGUCGUUACAGAACUGUCGUUACAGAACUGUCGUUACAGAACUGUCGUUACAGAACUGUCGUUACAGGACUGUCGUUACAGAACUGUCGUUACAGGACUGUCGUUACAGAACUGUCGUUACAGAACUGUCGUUCCAUUAUAUGGCCUGGUCAGAUGGUGUAUACAGGCUGCUGUCGUAGACAAUAGACAUUUUAAUCACAUAUGUGUUGAAUAAUCAGGUGCUAUCAUUACAUAUCUGAAUAUUAGCAUUGAGAUGGCCUGUUUUCUCAUUCUGCCAAUCACAUCCCUGUUCGAUCCCUUUGUUGUAGGGGUUGCAGUUGUCCAGGACCAUAAAAAUAGAAUACAUCAUUCUGUUACUCUCCACUCAGGAUUUCAUUUUUUUUCUUUCUACUUUGAGUAACCCAAAUCUACUCCACAUUCUGGCUGCUGUCUAUGUCUUCUGUCACAGGUAGCCUUAUACUUCCUUACUAAGUUGGAAGCUUUCUCUCUGCCUUAAAUGUUACCACUGGUUAAACAUGAUAUAUUACCCUUGUACCCGACCAAUAGAGGCAUGCAUGCUAUGUCCUCAUACUAUGAACGAAAACCAAUUAGCCAAUAUAAUGACAUCAUACUGCAGAAAUAUGAAGUCAUUGAUUAGACUUUAAACGUUUGGGAAGUACUCUAGCUGCUCUUAGUUAAAUGUGAUUUAUUUGAUUGUAUUCUUAUAUGCUUUGUAAACUUGCCAAAAUAGUGACUGGCCUUCUGUGUAGUGUAAACCUUGUAUGCAAGUGCAGUGAGUUAUGUGGAAAUAUAUUUGGAAGGAAAUUAUUACAUAUUGAUACUCAACUCAAA